CAUAUGAGAGAAAUAGUCAACAACAAAUAGCAGCGUCCAUUUUGACAACUCCAGCAUAGAAAAUUUUGUGGAAAUAUUUUUCUGUAAAAAUAUUAAUAAAUAUUUUUGUAUCGCAAUAAUUUCAAUUCAACAAAAAAUGGAAUCAACUAUUAAAACUAAGAGAUGCUCUGUGAAACUCAAUAGGCUGUCGUAUGUCGGCAUUACUCCAGCAGAGGUACAGGAACAAAUUUUGGACCAAAGAAUACGUCGUUGUGCAGUACGUCUACAACGUUGCGCUGAAACUGCUAUUUGCACAAAGGGGAAAACAGAUGGUAUUGUCGGUAAAGAUGCAAAAAUGCGUCGCUGUUGCAUUCGUUUACCCAGGUUGAAUUUAGUAAGAAGCGAGUUAUCAUCGCGCGCCGGAUCUGUUACCAGUGCUCGAAUUCUAUCUGAAUCAGAGCUAGAUGAAUCCGAAAUCGUGGAUCACUAAUCGUAAUCACACUUACCAAAUAUACUGACAAUUAAAUAAUGGAAAUAUUUACCUUUUUAAUUUUCAUUUAACCCAAACUUUAUGAAAAGAUAUGUAUAUUAUUUGAUAUGAAUACAAUAUAAAAUCAGCGCAAGUAUUUAGCUAAAUAAA